ACAAAAAUGUGGAUCUCUCCUAUAUUGUAGGUAUAGUUGUUCGUAUAGCAAGGCUACUCCGUAGCAGACGUACCUAUGCCAUACCUACUGUAUACCUACUCCGUAUUUCUGAUCCUGGAAUUUUGAGAUGCAGAACCAUCUUUGGCCUUAGCAAAUCAGAACCAUAUUUCGAAAUAGUAUCUUCGAACCCUCUUGCCUUGAAGUCUGGAGUCAUCUUUCUUUGCACCGUGCAGCUGAGCAUCCGAUGGGUAACCGCAGUGGAAGCACUACAGUAGGAUGGCCGGCGGCGCCGCUCAGCGCUUCGCAUGCACUGCCUGUGGACCCAUGUCUGAUCGACUCCGCAACACUGCACUUGCGGCCGGCAGCGCGGCGGUCGCGGGCGAACGGGUGGUUGGCGAGAGCGGCGGUGUUGACGCUGAUGGUGGCGCGCUGCUGCACUCUACUACUAGCAGCGGCUGCACCCGUGCUGGACCCUGACAUGGGCGUGCUGGAGAUGCUGGCAACUGCGUGGAGCGGUGUACCAGGCAAAGACACGUGGAUAAGGGGUAGUGACUGCGACAGCAUGAAGAUUGUCAACUGCGACGUGGACGGCCACGUCAUUGCGAUCGACACAUUCGGCAGCAAGAUAGCGGCGUCCAUUCCUGAAGGCAUCAGCGACUUGAAGCACCUGACGAAUCUGGCCCUCUCGUACAGUGGACUGACAGGCUCCCUGCCUGCUGCUCUCUUUGCCCUGCCCAGCCUCAAGUACCUUUAUCUCUCCUACAACGAGCUCUCAGGCAGCAUCCCCGCCACAGUGGGAGAUGCUAAAGUCCUCCUGUACCUAACUCUUUCUUACAACCAGCUCAGUGGCUCCCUACCUUCCUCCCUAGGCAGCCUGUCUUCACUCACCCGCCUUUUUAUGACCCACAAUGCCUUCUCCGGCUCCAUCCCAGAGAAUCUGAGCAAUCUGUUGAAGCUUCAAGUCCUGGGCUUGGAUCACAACACCUUCACGGGUUGCAUCCCUGCAUCUGUCAGCAGCCUAAGUCGAAUGAGACAUCUUUAUCUGUCUGAGAAUGAGUUCACAGGGCCGAUACCCAGCUCCCUAGGAACUAUGAUGAACCUUUGGACUUUGUACUUGAGAGGCAACCACUUGACUGGACCGAUUCCAGCAUCGCUGGGCAACUGCUCUAAUCUGGAUGCAUUGGAUGUGGGUGAGAACGACAUCUCGGGAACCAUCCCUGCUACCCUUGGCAACCUGCGUAACGUGAUGGACCUAAGUUUGGACUCCAACCAGCUGACCGGCACCCUCCCUUCCUCCCUGGCAAACCUCUGUUGGCUCACCUACCUCACGUUGGACCACAACAGUUUGUCUGGAUCCAUCCCUGCCUCUCUCGGCAACAUCACUGGAAUCGAGACCCUCCUCCUCCACUACAAUCAGUUCACAGGGCAGAUACCGGAGUCCCUAGGCGAUCUAUCCAACCUCCGAGUUUUGUCACUUAAAGCCAAUUUCUUGACCGGAAGUAUUCCAUAUACAAUGGGGAAUUUUGCUUCUAUGACUUCCUUGGAUUUGAGUGUGAACAACAUUGCGGGAACCAUCCCGGCCACCAUUGGCAACCUCCAAGCCUUGAAGUACCUAUAUUUGGACUCCAAUGCACUAAGCAGCAACAUACCUUCCUCCUUGGGCACCCUCUCUGAGCUCAUCCACCUCCGCUUGAACGACAAUCAGCUCACAGGGCAGAUUCCUGAGUCGCUGGGCGAUUUGAACAGCCUUCAAUCGCUACAUUUGAACUCCAACCGGUUGAGCGGCACCCUCCCUUCCUCCCUGGGCAAUCUUUAUAACCUCAUCCAUCUCCUACUAAACGACAAUCAGCUCACAGGGCAGAUACCCGAGUCGUUAGGCAAUCUGUGGUAUCUUGAAUCGCUAUUUCUUUACUCCAACCAGCUAAGUGGCACCCUCCCUUCCUCCCUGAGCAACCACUAUUGGCUCGUUCAACUCCACAUAUCACACAAUCAGUUCACAGGGAAUGUACCUGCGUCCCUGGGCUAUCUGACUGACCUUCAAGCAGUAUCAGCGAACAACAACUACUUGACUGGACCUUUACCAACUACACUGGGGAAAUUGGCAUCCCUUACUUCCUUGGAUUUGAGCAUGAACAUCAUAACAGGAGCCAUCCCAACCACCUUUGGAAACCUGCAAGCAAUGAAGUACCUAGACCUGCGUUCCAACCAGCUCAGUGGCUACCUCCCUUCCUCCCUGGCCAACCUCUCUGCUCUCGAAAAUCUCUUUCUCCAAUACAACCAGCUCACAGGGCAGAUACCCGAGUCCCUUGGCAAUCUGACCAAGCUUGAAGUGCUGUCAGCAAAACGCAACUACUUUACCGGACCUCUACCACCUACAAUGGGGAAGUGGUCGUCCAUGACGUUGCUGGAUGUGGGACUAAAUUACUUCUCAGGGACCAUCCCGGCCACCAUUGGCAACCUCCCAGCCAUGAAGUACCUUUAUAUGAACUCAAACCAGCUCAGCGGCUCCCUCCCUUCCUCCUUGGGCAACCUCUCUGCGCUCAACCACCUAUAUCUGAACUCCAACAUGCUGAACGGCACCCUUCCUUCCUCCCUAGGCAACCUCUCUGCGCUCAAUCAGCUCCUACUCCACUACAAUCAGUUCACAGGGCAGAUACCUGACUCCCUAGGAAAUCUGGCCAACCUGGAAGCGAUAUCAGCAAGGUCAAAUCGUUUGACCGGACCUUUACCACCUUCACUGGGGACAUGGUCGUCCGUGUACUACUUGGAUUUGAGUGCGAACAGCAUCACAGGGCCCAUCCCAGACACCAUUGGCAACCUCCAAGCCUUGAAGUACCUAUAUUUCUACGCCAACCAGUUGAGCGGCUCCCUCCCUUCCACCCUGGGCAACCUCUCUGUGCUCAUCCACCUCCUCGUUAACAACAAUCAGCUCACAGGGCAGAUGCCUCAGUCCUUAGCCGAUUUGGCCAACCUUGAAGCACUGGAUGUGAGUGUGAACAACAUCGUUGGGACAAUCCCAGUCAACAUUGCCAACCUCAAAUCCUUGAAGUACCUCAUCCUGGGAUACAACCAGCUGGUGGGGAUGCUACCCUCUCUGGCGCUCAUGCCCUCCCUCAAAUUCGUGGUUGCAGGCUACAACUUCCUCACCGCUGCAGCGGAAGACCCUCCAGCAUGCCCCACGUACCAGCUGGUGCUGCAAUUCAACUGCUUCCCGAAUAAUCUGACCAUUUGCAGCAGCCAGCAAACCCAGAAGAAUGCCACCUGGUGCCAGUCGUUCUGUGGGAACGAGCCACAAAAUUCUCCUUGUAGCGGCCAUGGAGUGUGCUCUUACCAGCCACCAAGCACCGAUGCCAAGUGUGCUUGUGACUAUGGGUAUACGGAUGGGACUGCUAAUGGCACAUGUGUCCCACAACAAGGGCCGUACAUCCCCCCGCACCUCUCCUCCUACUCGCACCCAAUGGCUCUCUUCCAGUCGGCCUCCUCUGCUCCCAACGGCUCCAUCUUCCUCUCCUCUGCGCCAUCCACUGCAUCAUGGGGAGCAGCCUUCACACAGCAGCCCAUCGCCCUCUUCCUCCCCACCACCCGCAAGGCGCCCUGCGACCAGCCCAUUGCCUUCUCCGUUUCAUUUGCAUUUCGGAUGACUCCUGCUGCUGCCAGUGCAGGCAGCACCGCAGGGGAGGGCCUGGCAUUCGUGGUGACUUCAGCUGCACCGCAGGGGGCUGCAGCGAGUGUGGGGCUGGGAGGGGUGGGGCGGCGGAGUGUGGGGGUGGAGUUUGACUCGGUGCUGAGUGUGAAGCACAGCGACCCCAACGACAACCACGUGGGCGUCAAUGUGGGCGGCUCACCUGUGUCCCUCGCCUCUGCCACGGCCCCUCUCAUCCUCAACGACGCCCAAACCAAGCACGCCUGGAUCCACUACGACCCAUACGCAGGUGGCACUCUCCAAGUCUUCCUCUCAGCCUCCAAACAGCAGCCCUUAAAGCCUCUGCUGACGGCAAGAGUGUCACUGUGCGGCGCGCUCAAGCCCACCAUGGGCGAUGCCUCCUUCCUCUUUGGCUUCGUGGCUGCCACUAACAGCACACAGAGGCACGACAUACUCUGGUGGAACAUUGAGGCAGGCAAAGCAGCUACGGUGAACUGGCAGAGUCAGAAUCCUGGUAGUGCAUUCGGGAGGGUGGCAUCAAACGAAGAGGUGGCAGCAAGCAGCGAGAUUCUGCCCUCUUCUUUCCACUAUGCCAGCAUUGCCUUCCAUUCCAAUGCGGAUGGGCUGCCUUUUUGGAAUCCUCCUUCCUUUGCCUCGUGGAUGCGACCUGAGUCAAGUUGGCCCGUGAAGAACCAGCAUGGAUGUGCCGACUCCUCGGCGUACGCAGUGGUGGCAGCGGUGGAGGCAGCCUACAGCAUCAUGGGCAACUUGUUCCAACCCCCCCGGCUGUCUGUGGAGGCUCUGCGCAUGGCCCUCUCAUCCAACUGCGACGACAUGUCUCCCCGCGAUGUGCUGGCCUUCCUGGCAGCUGCCACGCGCAAGGGAGGUGGGCUCGUGGAUGAGGCAGCAGCAGCGGGCGCCAGUCAACGCAGCAUGGCGUCCGCGGGCCGGCGAGAGAGGCUGCAGAAGACCAAGUACUACGGGAUUCAGGGGUUUGAGGAGACCCCGUUUGGCGGGUGGCUGGGACUGCUGCUGGCAGUUCAGCGGCAGCCAGUGGUUGUGAGAAUAGAGGCAUCCGCACCUUCCUUCCUCAACUAUGAUGGGACACUCAAAUAUGCAGAUGCCAGCUGCUUCCAGAAUGGAGUGAACCACGCCGUUCUGGUGGUGGGAUUUGGUGUGGGGGGUAACAUGUCCAGCCCCUUCAGCCUGCCGGUGCCACUCUGGGUCAUCCGCAACUCGUGGGGCAGCGAAUGGGGGGCUGCGGGGCACAUGUUCAUGGACAUGCAGAGCGGCCCUGGCAUCUGCGGCAUCAACACACUGCCUGGCAUUUUUCCGGUUGUUAGGGCUGCUGCUGACCCGUGUGGCAGCAAGUCUGUGAAGCUGGCAGCAUCAGCGGGAGUGGCAUCAAGCAACGCGCUCAACCCGUGUGGGCAGUUCAAGUGCUCCAAGGCCGGAUCAUCCAAUCGCUGUGCCUGUGCUUCUACCCACUUUGUGGAGGCCUCUCACCCCGACGGCUCAAAAACAUGCGCCUAUGUGGACGCCUGUGGGCUGGCAGGCAGCAACCCGUGUGUGGUGGGCACGUGUGUGAACGAUGGCAGGGGCAGCUACUCCUGUGUGUGUCCCCCGGGGUUCAUCCAAGGCACCACCGCGACGGGAACCCUCUCCUGCGCUCCUGGUGACAGCAAGGGCAGCUACACGGUACUUGGCAGCAAUGUGCGGUGCUUUCACUUGCUGCCUGUACUUGGCCUCACGCUGGACCAACUCAAGCAGCAGAACAAGAAGCUUCCUGCACCAAGCCCAUCCCAGUGAACUCCAAGCUGAUUGUGAAGCUUCCUGUGCCCUUCCACCUGCUCUCUCUACUAUACCAUGCAACCUGGUGACGGCUGUGCAUCAGUGCAGCCUCUUUAACCUGACCGAGGGGUGCCCCGUGGAGGGCGAGGCAUGCGGGGAGGCGGUGGUGGGGCUCAACCCCUGGGCUGGACUGUGCAGCGCUCACGGGCAGCCAGGCCGUGUGUGUGGAGAGGGAGGAGAGCAAGGCGGGGGUGGUGGCAGUGUGUGAGCAGCAGUACGAGGUGCAGGGCAGUGGCGGCUGCGAUGCUGCAAGGAUGGCCGUGGAUCCACCUCUGAGCCCCUUGGAGUUCCACCGCCUCAACCCCGGCAUCAACUGCAACACCCGCCUGCCGACUGCAUCGAUAGAGCGCUACUCAGAGCGCAAGGUGUGCAUUCGCAGCAACAUCAGGUUCAAGACAGGCACAUGCCCAGGGGGCACCUACACCAUUUCUGCUGGCGACAGCUGUGCAAUGAUUUAUGUGAAGGGGUUUGCCAGCAUCAAGGGCUGCUACAGGAAGAUGAAUGGAUUUGAGUGCCUGGAGAAGUUGCCCGUUGGGACAACUGUAUGCACCCCUGUUGCUUCUAGUGCAAGAAUUGGGACAUGCAUUGGGGAAUAGUGAUGCUCUAGGUGUAUGGUUUGCCUGGUUUCCAUUAUGAGGGCGUUUGGAAUAUGAAUGUGAGGCCAACCUGCCUCUGAUUUCCCAGAGAUCUUGGAGGGAUCGAGUCUGUUUUGACAGCCAAGUUAGAUUUUCAGGAAUGCCUGCCAUGACAACCAUCUGCACCCACGAUGCCAUUAGUGCCUGAGUGGUGAUUUUCUCAGCCGGGGCAUAAAAAUGCAGCACCUCCAAUCAGGGUCUCAGAUUCGUUUUAGGGAGGUUGAUUGGUCAGGCCUACCCUUCUGAGAACGCAUUCUUGUCAGGGUAGUUUCCAUUUUUCGGCCUGAAAUUUCAGGCUGAUUUUUUUUUAAAUGCCGACGAAUCA